CGGAAGAUGUGCUCACGGCCUUGUCACAAAGGAAAUGGCGAGCGGUGUCGGCAAACACAAGAUACUAAAUGUUGGGCCUACAGAGCCCUGGUCAGUCAGGGAAAAACUGUGUCUGGCCUCCUCCGUUAUGAGAAGUGGCGACCAAAACUGGGUGUCUGUAAGUAGAGCCAUCAAGCCUUUCUCAGAGACUGGUCGUCCACCAGACUGGUUCUCUCAGAAGCACUGUGCCUCACAAUACUCUGAGCUGCUGGAAGCCACAGAAGCACCAAAGCGUAAGCGUGGUGAGAAGGGCGAGGUGGUUGAGACCAUUGAAGAUGUCAUUGUUCGUAGACUGACCACUGAGAGGAUAGAGGAGCUGAAGAAACUUCUGCGAGACACACAAGAGCAAUACAGGAAGUUGAAGAAGGAGGUGGAUCUGAUACAGGCGGGUCACAUGGACUCCCAGUUGAAGGAGCUGUGGGCAGAGAUCGCACUAAAGAAGAAGCAGGAGGAGGAGGAGGCAGAACAAAAGAGGAAAGCAACAGAAAUGGCUUACCAAGCUCGUCAGGCGAUGAAGAACACACCUAAGCGUUUGCCCAGUGUGACUGUACGUUCUCCACUGGGUGCCAGUCCGCCAAUGCUGGAUUCUCAGCCCGACUCUUCUGUUCCCACACCACCCAUGGAUACGGGAGGCAGUGCUUCUGAGGACACCGCCACCCACUCAGUUGCUCAGGGGGUCGGUGUGUUUCUACCAGUGACAGACGCUCCAGGUCCGGGGCCCAAAGAUGGAGGUCUGGCUGCUCUAGUAGACGACUCGUCACAGAAGAGGCUCCUGACCCAGAAAGCCACACCACCGCCUUCUCCUCUUCUCUCAGAACUGCUGAAAAAAGGCAACCUCAUCUCAGCUAGCCCCCGCCUGGUUGCAGAGGGAGACUCUCCCGGAAACCUCACCAAUGGUCUACAAACAGCCACUGCAGCCACUGCCUUACCAACGGGUCAUGAGGUCCUCACAGAGGGUGAAGCUGAAGCUGCAGUAAAGGCAGAACUGGGUGAGGAGACGGGACUAGUAGAAGAGGAUCUUGUCGCUGUGUCGUAUAUGGGAGACGAGCUGGACCUGGAAACAGUGGGAGACAUCAUUGCCAUCAUAGAGGAGAAGGUGGACGACUCUGUGGAGGCUUUGGAUGCAGCAGCGGUGGAAGCAGCACUGUCUCUGUGUGAAGAGGCUGUUUCAGAGGGGCACACCCUCCCUGGUCCCUGGGAGACCCAGGAGCUGAAACCUUCUGAUCCUACACCCACAAUCCAAGACUCCAACCAAACACAGGAGCCUCAGGAUGUGACCACAAUGUCAGCCCCGACACCUGUUAGCACAGAGAGCCACAACCAGCCAGAGACUUUAAGAGAAGAGCAGCUUAAGGGAAACUGUGAGGGAGCAGAGGUGACGGGGUGUGAUGUGACUUCUUCUGUCACCUCUGAUGAUGGUGCCACAGGAAGUGAGGUUACAGAGGAGGCAGUGAUGGGGAAGGAGGCCACUGAAGCUACUGUAAAAAUUGAAAGAGAGGAAUGGAGCCAACCUGAGCCCAACCCACCUUGUUUAGACUCGGAGGACAGCUCUGUGUCUGGCAAAGAGUCCAAGGUAAAGGAGGAGGAAGUGGGCAGUGAGGGUGACCCUGAAGAAGGGAUGGAGCUGAAGGAGGAGUGUGGGGAGGGGCCCUAUCUAUCAGAGGUGGAGCGGGCAGCCAGUGAAAGUGAAGACGGCUAUGGCCCACCAUCUCAGCGCUACACAGCAGAUUCGCUGGCCAGCAGCCCGGCCUCUUCUUCCCAACUAUCAACAUGUGGUGAGGACCAGGAGGCGGUGCAGGCGCAAAAGAUCUGGAAGAAAGCCAUUAUGCUGGUGUGGAGAGCUGCGGCCAACCACAGGUAUGCCAGUGUCUUCCUGCAGCCUGUUUCAGAUGACAUCGCCCCCGGUUACCACAGCAUUGUACACAGACCCAUGGACCUGUCGGCCAUAAAGAAGAACAUUGAGUCGGGUGUGAUCCGUACCACAGCUGAGUUCCAGCGAGACAUCAUGCUCAUGUUUCAGAAUGCUGUCAUGUACAACUCGUCAGACCAUGAUGUGUACCACAUGGCACUAGAGAUGCAGCGUGAUGUCCUGGAGCACGUCCAGCAGUUCCUGGCCACCCAGCUCAUCAUGCAGACCUCGGAGAAUGCCAUCUCUGCCAAGAGCCUCCGCGGCAGAGAAGGAAAUCGUAAGCCGGGAGAGCCAGCUGAGAAGGAUCGAUGUGCUGCGACUCUUAUUUAAGAGUGAAUCCAAGGGGGAAAAAUGUGAAAUAUUCGUAUUAUCAUAUAUACAGGCAGUCUACAGAAGAACACGCAAAGACACAAUUAUAUGCACGGGACAAUUAAGACGUUUAAUCAACAUUUUCCUCCGCUCGCUGUGUUGUGCUUCAGUGGAAUGAUUCGUGGUCACGUCUCCAUAGUUGGUUCCUGCCUUGCAUGCUGUCUGUACCUCUCCUCACUAACUACUGUCAGCCGUCUCUCUGUUGUCCGUCAACACUGAAUUUUCUUAUGUGCCAUUCAUUGUGUGUAUGUGACUUAACUGCAUGGAAGUGUGAGUGGAUCCUUACCUUUUUUUUCUUUUGUUUUUUAAAGAUGAUGUGGGCUUUUGUUGUGAAUUUUCUCCAUCUGGGGAAAAUCUUGGAUUGUGCUAUACUGGUUUCAUUUUCUUGGAAAAUUCAAAACUAUGUUUUGAAUUUUACUUUAUAGCUAAUAUUUAUGAAGGCACACAAUGUUUUAACCUAUAUCUGGCUGGAUAUGAGAUUGGAGCCACAUUAUUUUCACAGCUUCAUGCUCUAGUGUGUCCGAUUUAGUCAUGUGUAACGGUGAGACUGCAGAUUGUAACAAAUGGAGGACUCCUCCACUCGCCGUUCCCUUUCCCACCUGCGUCAGGGAACUACAGUGGCAGAAAGGAAGUCAUAUGCUAUCGCUUCUAAAUGCAUGCUCUGGCUGGUUUGUCUGUUCCGGCUGCUGUAGCAACAAGGUGGUACAAGAUUGUUGCCUCUGCAAAGCAAGGCCCUUGCCUACAGCACAUAUAUGAGGCUUAUUCUAAGGAUACAAUAAACAGAUUAUUUUAUUAUUAAAGCAAUUAUACACUUAUACAAACAUACUCAUGGGUGGUUUGUUCAAUUUCUGCCAAUAAACUCCAUUUUACCCACUGGACCUUGAAGGCAGCUGACCAAUGUUUAAGUAUAGCAUUUGAAAUUCAUGGGACUGAAUGAACGUCAUGAUAUUUUGCACAUGAGCUGUGAUGGAAACAGUUUGGUGUUUGUGAGCCGUGUUGGGGAGUGUCUGCCGCCUUGUGCCCGUUUGUGUCAUUUCUCUCAGUAUUAACGAUCUGCAAACACGUGCCUGAGUGUGAGUGUGUGUGGGGCAUAUGUGACGAGUGUGUUUUGUGCAGCAGCGGUCAGUUGGACUCCUGUCCCUCGUGCAUCCGUGUUGACGCAGACUUGUUUGGAACUUGCUUCACAUGCACGUGUGUCUUUUUCUCUCUUUCUCACUCCAAUGUUUGUCCU